GGGCCACUGGAGCCCGGACAUAAAUAGGCGGUGCUGGGGCUCUCCGGGAGAUCAGCCCAAGCAGAGCAGAGGCCGAGGCAUCCGGGAGCGCACAGUCAGACGUCUCGGGAUCAGCAGCUAAGUCUCUACGGGAGUGGGCCACAGGCGGUGGGCACGAUGACCCUGAAUCGCGGAGCUCAGCGGCGCUGCGGGGACCGUCGGCGGGGCAGCACGCCCUUUCUUACACAGCAGCACCUGCACCGCCGCAGCAUGCCGGUGGAUGAGAGAGACCUUCAGGCGGCUCUGCCCGCAGGUCCCUUGGGCCAGCUGUCCAGUCUGGUGCGGCGCCCCUCCGGAAACCCCAGAGAGUCCAGCGAUUGCUGGGCCUCAGGCUCUUCGGACUCCAUCACCUCUUCAGGCAGCGAGUCUGACGGUCACCUGUACAAGGUGAUACUUCUGGGCGAGCGCGGGGUGGGCAAAACCAGCCUGGCCCGCAUCUUCGGUGGCGUCGAGGAUGGGCCUGAAGCCGAGGCCGCUGGGAAUACCUAUGACCGAUCCAUCGUGGUGGAUGGCGAAGAGGCUUCUCUGGUGGUGUUUGACAUCUGGGAACAGGAUGAGAGUCAGUGGCUGUCCAAUCAUUGCAUGAAGAUGGGCGAUGCCUAUGUCAUUGUGUACUCGGUCACUGACAAAGUGAGUUUUGAGAAGGCCUCGGAGCUGCGCAUUCAGCUACGGCGUGCCCGCCAAUCAGAGGACAUCCCCAUCAUCCUUGUGGGCAACAAGAGCGACCUGGUCCGUUCCCGAGAAGUCUCCGUGGAUGAAGGCCGCGCCUGUGCCGUCGUGUUUGACUGCAAGUUCAUUGAGACAUCAGCUGCCCUUCACCACAAUGUCCAGGACUUGUUUGAGGGCAUCGUCCGGCAGAUCCGGCUCCGGAAGGACAGCAAAGAAGACAACGCCCGGAGGAUGGCCAACACCAAGAGGCGAGAGAGCAUUGGCAAGAAGGCAAAGCGCUUCCUGGGCAGAAUCGUGGCCAAGAACAACAAAAAGAUGGCUUUCAAGGCCAAAUCCAAGUCCUGCCAUGAUCUCUCUGUGCUCUAGGUGGAGCUCCUGGGGGGAGGGGGGAAGGGGAGCACCCCAAGGGGUGGCACAGAGGGAUUCUUGGUAGGCACAGAGCCCCUAUCCGUGCUAUAGUGGAAUGAGCACUAGAUUCGGAGUCCUGGGACCUGGGGUCACAUCCUAGGACUCUGCCGCUAACUAUGUGAUCUUGGACAAGCGACUACCGCAGUUUGGGACUUGGUUUCUUCAUCUACAAAAUGAGGGAAUUGGACAAUUCAAUAGCUUGAAAUCCACGAUGCCUUAAGAUUCGGUGAUGAUUCUGGGAAGGAGGCUGGAGUGGCUGCCGGGGGAGGCUGGAGGCUGAAAGCAGCUGGAGCUCCAGCCUUUGCCCAGCCAAGGGGCCUUACCCCUAUGGCCUGGCUGGAGCUCUGUGUGCUUAUUGGACAUGACUGCACCGUCCCAAGUCAUCCCUUGAAGGAGGCCCCAGGACCUGGGUACGCAGGCCCGUACUUGUUUCAGACCCCUGUGGGGACAGUCGAAACCACAUCCCGGUGGGAGAAAAGGAAUGGGGAGGGAGGGGGUGAUUUGGUUGAAUAUUUUAUGCAGUAAGUUAAUAUUGCACUUACAUUUAAGUCGUUUGAUGAAUUUGUAAUUUGUUUACAUGCAGACUUUUAUAAUAAAGGAUUAUUUCCUGUUA